CUGACUCUUUCUCUAGUGUCUUGAGUCUUAAAUUGAAUGUGUGAAUGUGACAUGGCGUCUAUCAAGAUAUAAUACGGCCUCAUAUAAAACUGUUUUAAUAACAGUGGUUUCAUUAGGAAUUUUAUUACUGAGGCCGUAAUAAAUCGUAUAUUUGCAUUGAUGGUAAUGCAUGCAAGGAAACCUCAGAGAAUAAGCGAUGGGUACUUUGAGAAGCACCAAGCCCAUCCGUAUCAGAAAUAUAAUUCGAAAAGAGCUGCCAGUGAGUAUGUCAGUUCUGAGAACCGGUAUAUACCACUGCGGUCUCCAAACGGCAAUGUGUCGCAUGGUCACAGCACACACACAAGCCACUCUGGACAUGGGCAUCACCAUUAUGGGCAUAUGGUUGAUGAAAGAGGAUAUGCAACAUCUAGAAGUUCUUACUUGCCGAAAACUUCUGAAAAGGAGAGAGAUAGAGACUACAAAUCCUCUAGGAAUAAGUACACAGAUAGUGUCAGGUCACCGAAGGAAAAACGUAACAAUAGUGAAAGAGAGCGAAGUAAUCAUGAACGAAGUGAAUCAGAGAAAAAGAGUAGGACUAGUGGCAUGAACAUUAGUGUUAAUAGGAGUAGUAAAUAUGACAAGAGAACUGCACCUUCACCAAGCGUGCCCUCGAGCAGUGAAUGGUCAGAACACAUUAGUUCAUCUGGUAAAAGGUAUUAUUAUAACUGUAUCAGUGAAGUGUCACAGUGGGAAAAACCUAGGGAAUGGGACUCACGAAGAACUUCAUCCAAAGAUUCAACAUAUUCAUCAAGAAGCAAUCGCGAAAAGAGAUCAAGAUCGCGUUCUGGGAGAAGGGAGUCUGAUAAAUCUAGUAAAAGAACAAAUAGUACAUCAGAUAGAUAUUGGAAUAAUAGAGAUGAAGAAGCUCAUGACCGAACAAGACCAAAACAUUCGGCGUCUACUCACGAAGGUAAAGACGGACAGUCGUUACAAGAUAUGGACAUAUCUCCAGAUAGGAGUACACCCCUUUCAGAGAAUUCAUAUGGAGCCAGAGAAGCGAAUUCGACGGUUCGGAAUAUAUCUGAAAGUAAUUCUGUUCCUCCCGUCGUCGUGCUCGACAACUCUAACCAACCGAGUGGGUCCUUGCUGGCGGCAGCGCUUCCUCGAAUUUUGGCUGCGCCGCUACCGGUGACGACAGUGGCAAUUGCCAACAACGGCGGUGCUACCCCGACCUGCGAGGGGGGCGCAGGCAGUGGCGCUGGUACACCACACCGGGACGCGGGUCCGCCCACGCCCACGCACUCGGAGAAUACCGACCCACAUGCUCCACCUCUCCAUUUAGACCAGGCUUUGCCUAGGAAAAUGGAAUGCCUGGGCAGUUAUUCGUCAGUGGUUGGCAGUUCACUGCCGCAUGCACCUCCAAUGUUGACGCCUUCAUUAGUGAACUACGUACGUAGUGAACUCACAACUCACGUCACGGGUUGGCCAGCUGAUAUUCUAGAGAAGCAGGCCAAUAAGUUCACAGAGGAGGCAUAUCAACUAGGUUGUUUGCAGUGCACGCGAGUGUCUGCUGAAUUGAAGUGUUCGCGUUCGCUUGUACGCCACACAGAGAUACAGGCCACACUACAGGAGCAAAAGAUAAUGUAUCUGCGGCAGCAGAUCUCGCGGUUGGAGGAGCUCAAGUCGCAAAACUCCUUUAUGUCGGAAGACUAGGGUUCGUGGUGGGGGGUGACGAGUGCGAAAAAUCGCCCUCCCCCAGCGUCACCCCCCACGUAUCAACAGUUCCCAGCACCGCCUACGCGCGCUGAUUUCCUCCCCUCCUCGAGAGCAUUUUCAUCCAUCAAUGCUAGACAUGGUUCAUUCCGUUAUGAUGAUUUUUAGUGAUGAUUUUCAAUGAUGAUUUUCAAUGUAAUUUAAGAUCGAAUGGUUACUGUUGUGUUGUGUGAUUUGGUGUUAACAUUUAAGUAUUCAUUCUUGUGUCAUUUACCGAAAGUCAUCAGUUUUAAUAGUAUUUUAAAUUGCAUCGCUGCACAAGGGCAACGGACUUGACUUGAUUCUCAAGAAUUACAUGCAUGCUAUCAGGUAGUGGCAGCGGUACAGUCAGUCGAGAGACACAUACACUCUUUGUCAAUAUCAAUCAGUGCAAUCAAGUAUUUGCUAUGUUCUUUAAUACGUAUGUACAUAUAAUUUUGUAUUAUUGUGGUAUUUAACGCUACUCUAAAAUGAAAUUUUAAAAUAUAUUUUUUCUAACAAUUGGAUUGAUUAUUAAAUUGAUUAAUACAUUGAUGAUACUGUUGGCAGCUUCCAUUCAAGUAAUAAAUAACUUGGUAUAUAAAUAAAUAAGUAAUAAAUAAAUUGCCAAGAGUAUCAUUAGCUUUAACGUAGAGAACUUGUUAUCUUGGGAGAGGCGUUCUCUAAUGUCGAGUGUUUCUAGAUCGCUUCGACAUAGAGAUGUCUGUUCAAACUGUAUUACGUAGCUUUGAUAAAUGAAGUAAGUAACAAGAAUUUUAAAAUGAUACCAUGACAUUACAUGUUCGAACUGAGAUUCGGUAAUGUCCAAUUAUAAGUAAAGUUUUCGCUCGAGUACUGCUUGGUGGUUCUAUUAUUAACCCAGACAUUACAACAGAUUAUUUACAACUUCAUAAUCAUACAUUACCUGUGAUUGCGUUAUAUGGAUAUAUAAAAAAGAGAUAAAAGAGUACCUGUGAUUGCGUUAUAUGGAUAUAUAAAAAAGAGAUACAAGAGUAUAUGUGUUUCUGAUUUUCUACCAUAUCCAUUUCUCAGGCGAUGAAAACCAAAAAUGUUAUUAACAUGUAAUUGUUUUAGGACUUUCUGCUAAAAUACAGCCAAUAUUUUAGCUGAUUAGUUUUUUAAACAAUAACACAAAUUAUAGAUCAUUUCGGACUGCUUAUGCAGCCUGCGUUAUUCAAGAUUAAGUUUUAAUGUAUUAUUUAUAUAUUAACUAAUUAUAUUAGAUUUGCGCAAUGAAGCUGUCAAUUUGAAUGCAGCCUUAUUAUGCGUAUAUUAAAUGAAUAUUAAUGCACCUCAGCGACUACAUUGUUAUAAAUAAUAUUAACAUGGAAAUUACAUCUACUAUUCUAAACGGAGAAAUACUGAGAAUAUUAUCAAAUCCACGCAUCAGUGUUUCAAGACUGUAUUGCCACAUAAGUUUACCGGAACCAUUUGCCCUUUAUAUUGAAAUUGUAGUAAUUUUUCAUUUAUUACUGUUAAUCAAAAAUAUGGUAAAGAAAUUAUUUUUUAAUUGUUAGGUUAAGUUAAUAUGGAACUUGACGCGGCGCGCGUUACAAGUUGAGGAGCGCAUGAAGUUGCAACUUUUCUACACUACUGUAAUAUUUGGUGAUAUUUUAAUCCUUUUCUACACUUUACUAAAAUACAAGUGGCUGAUAAAUUUCCCACUUCAUUAAUUAUACAGUCAGUUUAUUACAACUUUUAAAGCAUUGGUCACUUUUAAGGGUACAGUGUUUUGUAAUGUGUUUAUUGUAAAGUUUAUUUAAAUUAUUAAAAUGAUACUUUCUUAGGGAAUUAUUCUUUUCCUAUAGUUCUUAUAUAGCCGUUAUGCAUGUCGUAAGGCAAUAGAAACCACUUCGUUUAAUUUUGCUCACUCAACACAGGGAAUUUAUUUUAUCAACCAAUUUUAAUUUGUAAUCAAAUAAUGUAUAAACUUUGUAAAAAUCUGGUAUUUUAUAAUAAUAAAUAUAGCAGUCAAAAAGAGUAGUUUUAUAUUAGUUCAUUUUAUAAAUAAUGUAAGCUUAAUUAAUAUUUUGAAUAAGGGCGACACAAACGAAAGUGAAGCUAAGAGAAACUGUAUUUCUUUACACAAGUAACGUUAGUGAAUCGUUAGAUAGGUAAAACAAGCUCCAGUCUAGAUUUUUAUUUCAUUACUUUAUAAUUUAACCAUUUUACAUUUCAAAUGCAAUCUAUUGUAAAUUAACAGAAGUACUGUGAUAUUCAUUCGUUUCACAUGUAAUAGUA